AUGGAUAUGGCCAUCGACACGCCAUCGCCGCCGCCGCCCACGCCGCCGCCGCCGCCGUCGGCAGCGGCGGGGCGGCAGACGCGCGCGGCGGAGGCGGUGCGUCUGGAGCACCAGCUGGUGCGCGUGCCUCUCGAGUCCCUCCGCGCCACCGCCCGCUCGAACCACCGCCUCGCCGAGAAGGAGAUUGCCGCCGUCCUCUCCUCCGCCUCCGCGGCCCCCGCCAAGAGCAGUGCCGCUGCCGUUGAUCACCUCACCUCCCUCGUCUCCCGCCUCCACGGCCUCAAGCGCAAGGUACUACUCCCUCCCCAAAUCCCACACCCGCUUCCUCUCCUCUAUCUCGCAGAAUCGAAUCGUACCUGGCCUGGAGAAGAUCUUAUUAGGGCUUUGAUUUACCGUUUCCUGUUUCUGAUUUUCGCUGAAGAAAAAAAUCGUGUCUUUGUGGUGUUCCCUGAGCGGCGUGUCUUCCAGAUGGAGGAGGGCGCGCGGGCGGCGGAGCUGCAGGUGCAGCGGUGCCGGGCGCGUCUGGAUCGGCUGGCAACUGCUAGCACCGGUGACGACGCUGAGUGGGACGACAUACGGCUGAAGAGGAUCCUGGUCGAUUACAUGCUUCGGAUGUCCUACUACGAUUCCGCCACCAAACUCGCUGAAACUUCUGGUAUUCAGGAACUCGUUGAUAUUGAUGUCUUCCUGGAUGCGAAAAAAGUAAUUGAUUCUCUUCAGAAUAAUGAAGUUGCUCCUGCUUUAGCUUGGUGUGCAGAAAACAAGUCUCGGCUAAAGAAAUCAAAGAGUAAGCUCGAGUUUUUACUGAGGCUUCAAGAAUUUGUGGAAUUUGUCAAGGCUAAGAAUUGCAUUCAUGCUAUAGCAUAUGCUCGAAAACACCUUGCUCCCUGGGGCUCUAUACACAUGAAAGAAUUGCAGCGUGUCACAGCCACAUUGGUUUUUAGAAGCAAUACUAAUUGUACUCCAUACAAGAUAUUGUUUGAGCAAGACCGCUGGGACUAUCUUGUUGACAUUUUCAAGCAAGACUUUUGCAAGUUGUAUGGCAUGACCCUAGAGCCAUUGCUGAACAUAUACCUGCAAGCAGGCCUGACAGCUCUCAAGACCCCAUUCUGCACUGAGGGUAGCUGCCCUAGGGAAGACCCCUUGUCCCUGGAGGGCUUCAGGAAACUAGCCGAGCCUCUGCCCUUUUCUAAGCAGCACCACUCGAAGCUCGUCUGUUACAUCACCAAGGAGCUCAUGGACACUGAGAACCCGCCUCGGGUUCUGCCGAACGGCUAUGUCUACAGUGAGAAGGCGCUUCAAGAGAUGUCCAAGAAAAAUGACGGGAGGAUUACAUGCCCCAGGACAGGAGAUGUUUGCGACUUCUCGGAGUGUGUCAGGGUUUUCAUCUCCUAA